CCAAAUGUCAUAAAUAAGUUAAUUCUCCGCAUUGUGAGCUAUUCCAAUAAGCAAAAAGCAUUUUUGAUUGUGAAAAUGCUUAAAAACUUAUUAAAAUUAAAUGGAUUGAAUCCAUUCCUCAAACAGAUAACAACAGCACAAAAUUACAUUCGUCCACAAUUUAUUCGACAACUGACAACCGACGGAAAUCUUCAACAAAAUGUAGUAAACAAAGUAGGUAAUCCUUUCAGCCAAGAGAAAUCACGUAAAAGUGAUCCAGAAAUGGAAACAGUUGAUAGGGAAACCAAAUUGAAGAUCCUUCAACUAGAAGUUGAAAUAGCUUACCAAGAAGGUCGUAGAGUUCCUGAAGGUAGUUUUUUGAAAGAUCAACAUUGGGAACAAUUACUGGCACUGCCAUCGAAAUCCGCGCGCUACAAAUAUCUUGGGUAUUUAUGGCAAAUUGAAAAGAAGAAGGAAAGUCGCCAAGAGAAAAAACUAGACAGGCAACUUAAAGUGGCCGAACGAAAGGAAAAAGAAAGACAAAUGAAUCAGGAACACAAUCACAUUAUAUAUGGCAUCGCACAUACAACAUUUUUGCUCAGGGUAUAUGAAUCAACAAUGAAUCGUUUAUAUAACAACAGAUUGAUUCAAGCAAUGCAAUUCGGAUCAAAGAUUGUGAUGGAUUGUUCCUAUGAUGAACACAUGAACCAAAGGGAAGCUAUUAAUGCAGCUAAGCAGUUGAUGCUUUGUUUUGCAGAGAACCGAAUGCACGACGAUCCUUUCGACAUCCAUUUCUGCAACGUUAACUUAAAGCGAACGACAAUGCAGUGUCUAAAACGCCACAUACCAACUAUGCUAGAUCCGGAAUUUCCAAUGAAUGUUCACGAGAAGUGUUUCACUGAGAUAUUUCCUAAGAAAAACUUGGUAUAUUUGACACCCCACUGCCGGACUGAUUUGACAACAUACAACCACGAUGAUAUAUACAUCAUUGGGGCAAUGGUUGACAAGAUGAACAACGAACCAUUAUCUUUGGCUAAAGCCAAAAGAUUAGGAUUGCGAAUGGCUCGCUUACCAUUGGACAAAUAUUUGCAGUGGGGAACAGGUUCCGGCAAAUCAUUAACACUCAACCAAAUGGUAAGCAUUUUGCUGGAUUUAAAGUCAACUGGUGAUUGGGAAAAAUCACUGAAGCACGUGCCGAGAAGAAAAAUCAUAAAUCCAUACAACAGUCAAUCAAAGGAGCGAGUAAUUCGCAAACGAGCUGAUGAAUUAAAGUUUCACUUAGAUACGUGGGGAAAUUCAAAGAGAUCUUCAUAGAGUAAUUCAUAAAAGAACAAUAAAUUAUGUUAUUUUAAUGUUUAA